GACAAAACAGGCAUCUUAAUUUGAUUAAUUAUACUAGAGUCAUUAUUUAUAUAAUAUAUUACAGAAUAACAUGCAUGCAUGGAGUGACAUGUUACAUAUAUAUGUAUGUCAUGUAUUGCACCAAAACCGAUCCAAAAUGUUGGUAAUUAUUUGAACUUCGAACACCCACCUACUAUAUAUUAUAAUGGACCACUUCCAAUUUGCUUUGAUUAAAAAUUAUAAUAACAUACCCAAUUGUACAUAUUUGUUGGGUGGCUAAUUUGGUACAUAGUACGACCUUUCUGUUUGUCUCAACAUAUACUCUCUACCCAUCGUAAGAGUUAUGAUUGAAGUAACUAUAAUAUCGACAUCAAACUGUCGCGAUAAACGACUUUAGCUACAAUGCUAGACCCACAAUUUAAAUCAAGCUAACUAGUGACUACGAAAUAGUAUCGAUCUUUAGUUUUCAAAAUAACCCAUCCAAUUUAAAUCAAGCCAACCAGUGAUUAUGAAACAAUAUCGAUUUUGGUUUUCGAAUAACACAUCCAUAUGUAGUUUACAAAGUUUUGAGAUGGAGGAUUUUUGUCUCUAUUCAUUUGUAUUUAUUGACAAGAAACCCACGUUGAGCACAACCCAUAUGUAACCACAAUUGCAUCAAAUCUCCAACCAUCACUCAACUCAAUGUUGUCCUUGCAUAUAUAAUGUUGCAACGCAAUUUUCAUAGAAUUUAAAAUCGAUUAAAUAAUUUUUACACAUAUACAUGCAUAUGCAUUGUUGGCAACUAUACAACAAAAUACAAGACAUGAUUUUGUCUUGUCUCCAUACCCUCCUUUGCAUUGGAAUCGGAUGUGUACUUAAUUAUGAUUCAAUAGUAUUGGCAUAAUUAAAAAAAAAAAAGAGGAAACAAUAAUUAAAAUGUUUAUAUAUUUGUAGGAACAAAUAAGAUUGAUGGGGGAGCGCAUAUAUCCAAUAUAAUGGUUAUCAUGGGGAUGGCUAGUGGCUACUUGCCAAUUGCCAUACCCCGUGGGGAAAGCAACAAUGGGAAAUUCAAACCCUAAAACCCAAAACUAAAACAAGAAAUAUUCAAACUAGUUUGAAACACUAGCUAGGUUAUUGUUGUGGCAAUUGAGUGACCUCUAAAAGGCAAAGUAUGGUCCAUAUGCAUCCAACCUAGAGCAUAUGAUCCCUUGAGAUGUUGGCCAACUUGUACUAAGUCUGGAAGUCUCGUACUUGAUAGACGGUACGAACAUACAUGUAGUGAUACAAGAAAGAAAAAAAACAGACGUGAUUGAAAGAUAUAAGAACUUCGCAACUAAUUAUGAGGGAUUGCCUGAAUGAAAUACAAACUCAAGGGCAGAUCGAUAAUGUUGCAAGCAUGCAAUUAGUUCAUGUGGGAUCACCCAUGUUGUCUCAACAAUGUGCACCCACAACACCAACCAAAGUAAAGGUAAAACACAGUCAGCAUGAACUAGACAGUUAUCAAAUUUGAUCUUUGUUUCUUGAACAAUAUCGAAAAAAGCACGUUAUACAAAACUAGCUCGUUUUCACUUUGUGACAAGCACGACGAGCACACAAACGAGAGUUUGGAUGAGCCCUGCUCAAACUCAAAUAACGAUUGCACGCUUGACCUUAGCGAACGAACAAACAACGUAACUAGCCCGUACUUGCGAGAAUUACCCAAUUGGUGUGGAUAGCUUAAUUCGCUCCAUACUUAAACUACUUAGCCACACACAUAGAGAUAAUGAUCAUUCAAAUCGCAAGUCUCUAUGAGUACAAAAUUUGGAAGAAUAUUUCAAUCUCAAACACAUUGUGGCCAUGCUUCUUUCUUUGUCUUUGUUCAUCCAUAUGUGACACAUCCAAGCAAAAGCAAUAAUUUGGAAAGAAUAUUUUCCCCAUCGCAACACAUUUUACUACGGACUCUGGUGUAGGUUUAGAUAACGUGGGCCCCCAUCGUCCUCGUUCGAGUUGGACCACUCCCGGCCCUCUUUAAAAAAUUCUCAUUCCCCUUCGGCCCAGCCCUAUCUUCCCAUUAAAAGUUUACUGGACGGGGAUUACUAGGAAGUAGGAUGUGAUUCUUGAUAGAAUAAGUUUAAGCAACCAUGAUGAAAUAUGAAGCCAGAACUUUGAGUUGAGGGUUGAGGGAAAAAAAAAAAAGUAUUUGAACCGUGAUUAUUAUUACUAAUUACUAUAAUUUUCAAAUUUAUCACAAACUUCGUAUAGAUUUAUAAUCAUAUUCAAAAGUUGAGGAAGUUUAUGUGAGGUGCUCUGCCAUAACUCCAUAAGCGAUAUGUAAUUUUUUAGCGAUAAAUUGACUACGAAUGGCUCAAUUUGAUGAGAUGAGAAUGCGGUUGUUGUUUUUUUUUUAUUAUAUAAAAAGAGAUCUUGAUGCAUACGUUUAUGAAUUAUGAGUAUUUCGACUCUCAUGAAUGCCAGACAAAUUUACGAGGGCAGAUUAUAUAUAUAUAUAUUUCAUGAAAAUUCAACUCGAUAAGGAGUGUGUUAUCAAAUUCGUGUUAUCUUUUACUUGUGUUUGUAACUUUGAAUACCAUAUCAUUUUAGUCAUAGUUUCCUCCAUGGAAACAGAAGGGAUAGCGUUUAUGGUAGCGUUUUCCUUGUCUAUGAUGGAGUUCACGAGCACACUGUGCUGUUGCUUCUUCCUCUUGCCGUUCACAUUCAUGCACGUAAGUUUCCCCAAAGAUGAAGGUACUUCCUAGCUAGCUACUUACUGGAGGCUAGAGAUUCUCCGUGAAGAACACAAUGUGAAUUCAUAGCUAGUUUGAUUAAUGAAUUCGAAUUUUAAACUCAAGAGGGUAGUUUGAGGUAAGGUGAUUCGAGUUCGAUGCUGGUGUUUUACUUAGCUAGCUAGGUUCGUGUAAGGUGGUUUUCCUUUAUGGUGCGAGUGAAAGAGGGGUGGGCAGAGUACGAUAGAAGAACGUACGAUGCAUAAGUGACUACAUAUUUUGUUGAGCUUGUGUUGUCUGUGUUACUAUUUGCUUUCGUUUAUAUCGAAUUAUUAUUGGGCCGUGCUGACCAGGUCGAGGCCCAAACAUCCACACGUCUCUAUGCAUUGCUAUGUAGCUAGUCCUUGUACGUGUGCUGGUUGUAAUGGUCAUCGGCCACCACAAGCAAUAGAAUAAUAAAACCUAAAUCGGAGAGUGAUUACUCCCCCGUGGACUAGUCCCGUCAAUCGGGGAUACCACGUAAAUUGCAUCUUGUUCGUUUUCGCUAUCACUUUUGCAGUAUCCAGAAUCUAUCAUAUUAUCACUAUAUAAAAAGGUCCAAAUCGAAUACGACAUGGACAAUGAUAAUGGUAUUGCCGUCAAACAUGGUUCGUAUCAACAACAUUCGAACAAAACUCUUAGUUCUCAUGAUCUUAUUCAACCACUUAAUUAUUUAACUUCAAUUGAGUAAGAUUAGCAAAAGUAGCAAAGUUGUUCCUAUCAAACAAUUACAAAAUCCAACAUAUAUCCACCAAUACCUCAAUCUGUAAACCUCCACAAGCUCAUGCUCAAAACAUGGGCUUAACAGCACACAGCACAGGCACAUACUACGCGAGCCUUCAUUCUCAUUCAGUCCACGAUGAAACGGGCCCGACGGUCCAAGCCCAAACCUAAGACCUCUAAAAUCCACAGGCCAUCGCUCCUUUGCCCAAACUUUCCUCGGCCCAAAAUUCACAAAACCCUAGAGUAGAAUUCUCCCUCUACUCAUCUCCUACUAUAAAAACCCUAAUCCCCGCCUUAACGCCGCUUCCUCCAUCACUCUCUGCUAUCGCCUCAAACCCUAACUCUCUCCAACGCAAAAAAACCAACCAUGGCUGACAGAGCUCCCGGAGACAGACCGCCACGCAGAGGCUUCGGAGACCGCGGACGUGGCGACCGAGGCAGGGGCCGCCGCCGCGGGCGUCGCGAUGAGGAAGAGAAGUGGGUUCCAGUCACCAAGCUCGGCCGGCUGGUGAGGGAGGGCAAAAUCAAAUCCCUGGAGCAAAUCUACCUCCACUCGCUCCCGAUCAAGGAGUAUCAGAUCAUCGAUACCCUCGUUGGCCCCGGCGUGCUGAAGGACGAGGUCAUGAAGAUCUCCCCUGUCCAGAAGCAGACUCGCGCCGGUCAGAGGACCAGGUUCAAGGCCUUUGUCGUCGUCGGCGACGGGAACGGCCAUGUCGGGCUCGGGGUGAAGUGCUCGAAGGAGGUUGCUACCGCCAUUCGUGGCGCCAUCAUUCUGGCGAAGCUGUCUGUGAUUCCGGUGAGGAGGGGUUACUGGGGGAACAAGAUCGGGCUGCCUCAUACUGUGCCGUGCAAGGUGACCGGAAAGUGUGGUUCCGUCACCGUCAGGAUGGUUCCGGCUCCUCGUGGCGCUGGGAUUGUGGCUGCUAGGGUGCCCAAGAAGGUUCUUCAGUUCGCUGGGAUUGAAGAUGUGUUCACUUCCUCCCGUGGGUCUACCAAGACUCUUGGCAACUUCGUCAAGGCUACAUUUGACUGCCUGUUGAAGACAUAUGGUUUCUUGACACCUGAUUUCUGGAAGGAUACUCGUUUCACCAAGUCACCAUUCCAGGAGUUCACUGAUCUUUUGGGAAAGCCAACCAAAGCACUCAUCCUUGAGGAUGUCGUACCAGAAGCUUGAUUCUUCUUCCGAAGCUUUGAGCUGUUAAAGUUUAUUAAAUAGAGAGCCAUGACAUUAGUAGCUGAGUAUUUAGAUUUUGUUUUGAGAGCUACAAUCGUGUUAUCAUUUUGGUUUAUGUUCCUGUCUUGGCAAUGACAUGAGUUUUGGAAUAUGUUUUUGUGCUUCUUUGGUGCUACUACUCUUGUGUUAAGCU